GGAAGAGAAGAUCAUCUCUUUGUGGACCGAAAUUGACGCUUUCAAGACCCAGCUUGAGCGUACGAAGAAUCUACCCGAGUACAUCUUCUACGAUGGUCCUCCAUUCGCCACCGGUCUUCCUCACUACGGUCACAUCCUUGCCGGAACAAUCAAGGACAUCGUCACGCGCUAUCAGACCAUGACGGGUCACCACGUCACGCGCCGGUUCGGGUGGGAUUGUCACGGGCUCCCGGUGGAGAACGAGAUUGAUCGGAAGCUUGGGAUUAAGAGGAGGGACGAUGUGUUGAAGAUGGGGAUUGAUAAGUACAAUGAGGAGUGUAGGAGUAUUGUGACGCGUUAUGUGGAGGAGUGGGAGAAGGUUAUAACGAGGACUGGUCGUUGGAUCGAUUUCAGAAAUGAUUAUAAGACGAUGGACUUGUCGUUUAUGGAAAGUGUCUGGUGGGUUUUUGCUCAGCUUUGGGACAAGGGACUUGUGUAUAGAGGAUUCAAGGUUAUGCCGUAUAGUACUGGUUGUAAAACGCCGCUGUCUAAUUUUGAAGCUGGUCAGAACUAUAAGGAUGUCCCAGACCCUGAAAUUAUGGUUUCGUUCCCGGUUGUUGGUGAUCCGGACAAUGCGGCUUUUGUGGCGUGGACGACGACUCCGUGGACACUUCCAAGUAACCUUGCCUUGUGUGUCAAUGCGAAGUUUGACUACGUGAAGGUUCGCAACAAGAAUUCUGGAAAAGUCUUCGUGGUUGCUGAAUCUCGGUUGUCUGCACUUCCCACUGAUAAGCCAAAGACCAAUGUCACUAAUGGACCUUCUGGUGAUCCCAAGAAAUCGAACCCUAAGGCUAAAGGGGGUAAAACUGAGACUGUGGCAGAUUCGUUUGAAGUUUUGGAGAAAAUCAAGGGAGCUGCCUUGGUUGGGAAGAAGUAUGAACCGUUGUUUGAGUACUUUAAUGAUUUCUCCAGUGAGGCUUUUCGAGUUAUUGCAGAUGAUUAUGUCACCGACGACAGUGGUACUGGUAUUGUACACUGUGCCCCUGCCUUUGGUGAGGAUGACUAUCGGGUUUGUCUAGAGAAUGGGAUAAUUAAAAAGGGAGAGAAUCUAAUUGUGGCCGUUGAUGAUGAUGGAUUGUUUAUCGAGAGAAUCACCCACUUCAGCGGCCGUUAUGUCAAGGAUGCAGACAAGGAUAUAGUAGAAGCUGUGAAGGCGAAAGGCAGGCUUGUUAAGUCUGGAACCUUUACGCACUCAUAUCCAUUUUGCUGGCGAUCAGACACCCCUCUUAUUUAUAGGGCAGUUCCCAGUUGGUUUGUGCGAGUGGAACAGUUGAAAGAACAAUUGCUAGAAAACAACAAACAGACGUAUUGGGUGCCCGAUUAUGUGAAGGAUAAACGUUUCCACAAUUGGCUUGAAAAUGCGAGAGAUUGGGCUAUCAGUCGAAGUAGAUUUUGGGGCACUCCUCUUCCAGUAUGGAUUAGUGAUGAUGGAGAGGAAGCAGUGGUCAUGGAUUCUGUUGAGAAGCUUGAAAAGCUCUCUGGUGCCAAGGUCACUGAUCUUCAUCGGCACCAUAUUGAUCAAAUAACAAUCCCAUCUACUCGUGGCCCUGAGUUUGGUGUGCUCCGUCGUGUAGAUGAUGUUUUUGACUGUUGGUUUGAGAGUGGAUCGAUGCCAUAUGCAUAUAUCCAUUAUCCUUUUGAAAACGUGGAGCUAUUUGAAAAAAACUUCCCUGGGCAUUUUGUUGCUGAAGGGCUUGAUCAAACUCGGGGAUGGUUUUAUACUCUCAUGGUGUUGUCCACUGCAUUGUUUGGAAAACCAGCCUUUAGAAACCUAAUUUGCAAUGGUCUUGUGCUUGCUGAGGAUGGAAAGAAGAUGAGUAAGAAAUUGAAGAAUUAUCCGUCACCUAUGGAAGUCAUAAAUGACUAUGGGGCUGAUGCCUUACGAUUAUACCUUAUAAAUUCUCCAGUUGUGCGUGCGGAGACUCUACGCUUCAAAAAAGACGGAGUAUUUGGUGUUGUCAAAGAUGUAUUCCUUCCUUGGUACAAUGCGUAUAGGUUCCUUGUUCAGAAUGCAAAGAGACUUGAGAUCGAGGGUUCUGGGCCUUUUGUUCCUAUUGAUCUGGCAACUUUACAAAACUCAUCCAAUGUUCUCGAUCAGUGGAUCAACUCUGCUACGCAGAGUCUUGUCCAUUUUGUCCGACAGGAAAUGGAUGGAUAUCGGCUUUACACAGUGGUUCCUUACCUCUUGAGGUUCCUCGACAAUCUCACAAACAUAUAUGUUAGAUUCAACCGCAAGAGGUUAAAAGGCCGUACAGGAGAAGAUGAUUGUCGCACUGCUCUUUCGACUCUUUACAAUGUGCUCCUGACGUCCUGCAAAGUAAUGGCCCCUUUUACUCCUUUCUUUACCGAGACUUUAUAUCAGAAUUUGCGGAAAGUUUCUAAAGGUUUAGAGGAAAGCAUUCACUACUGCAGUGCCCCUCAAGUGGAGGGAAAGAGAGGCGAGAGAAUUGAGCAAAGUGUUGCAAGGAUGAUGACAAUCAUUGAUCUUGCUCGAAACAUUCGUGAACGUCACAACAAGCCAUUAAAAACUCCUCUAAAGGAGAUGGUUGUAGUCCAUCCUGAUGCAGAGUUCUUGGACGACAUAGCUGGAAAAUUGAGAGAGUAUGUCUUGGAGGAGCUUAACGUACGGUCUCUUGUUACCUGCAAUGAUACGUUGAAGUAUGCAUCUCUGCGCGCUGAGCCGGAUUUCAGUGUAUUGGGAAAACGACUCGGAAAGUCCAUGGGGGUUGUUGCCAAGGAGGUUAAGGCAAUGUCACAGCAAGACAUCUUAACAUUUGAGAAGGCUGGAGAAGUAACUAUUGCUGGACACUCUCUGAAGCUAACUGAUAUCAAGGUUGUCAGGGAUUUCAAACGUCCUGACGGUCUGUCUGAAAAGGAGAUUGAUGCAGCUGGAGAUGGUGAUGUUUUGGUGAUUUUGGACCUACGCGCAGAUGAAUCUUUGUUUGAAGCAGGUGUUGCCCGUGAGAUCGUCAAUAGAAUCCAGAAACUACGGAAGAAGGCAGCUCUGGAACCAACUGACUUUGUGGAAGUGUACUUUGAAUCAUUGGAUGAGGAUAAAUCACUCUCACAGCAAGUUUUGAACUCCCAGGAACAAUACAUAAGGGAUGCAAUUGGCUCCACCUUGCUUCCUUCUACUUCAAUGCCACCUCAUGCAGUUCUGAUUUCGGAUGAGAGUUUCCAUGGUGUCUCGAAGUUGUCGUUCAAAAUUAGUUUGGCGAGACCAGCAUUGAUGUUCAACGGGGAUGCCAUUCUCACUCUGUACUCAGGAAAUGCAAAGUUUGCAUCUGGGCUGCAAACAUACUUGUUAUCGAGGGAUCACUCAUGUUUGAAAUCUGAGUUCCAAGUUGGAGAUGGGAAGAUAACUGUGAGUUGCAUUGAGAAGCUGCCUGCUGUGACUGUGGCUAUGGGAGAACAUGUGUUCCUGACGGUGGGCGAAUACUUCUUGAGCAAGAGGAGCGCUUGAUCCUUCUCACCCUCUUCUUUUCUCUUCUCCUGAUUUAUGGAGGAGGAAUUACUGAAAGUUAUUGGCAGAACAAACAUGCCAUUACAGUUGGGAUGUUCAUUUUUAUUCAAUCUCUUCUUUCAUUUGCAAGAAAUUUUACUCUGACAGUUUUGUUUAUUAUUUAUAAUGUGGUGAAUUUGGUGUCCUU